UCUGACUGUAUUAUAGUAUCUAGUUACAGUGAUGGAGAGUUACUCUUAACUCGUAUCCAUAUGUCCUUUCCCUUUCCACAUGUACAUGACUGUACAUUGUAGUAUCUGUACAGUAGGUACUGUACGUUUGUAUAGUGCCGUGACGGAGAAGGGUUGAGUAGCUGCUGCACGUCAACUGGCAGCAGGCAUUCGCUGGUUCGCUGGCUACCGCCCGCUAUCGCUACCAGGCUAUGGCCCACAGGAAGACGUUUCUCCUGCUGCUAGCCUGUUUUCUUCAGGUGCUCAUUUUACUGGCCGUGUUUAUGCACGCUCCAAUCAAUACUACUUAUUUUUGGACACACCUAUCCGAGCAGCCAAAUGCCAGUGCGAGGCAGCAAGGUGAUGAUCGCACAACGUUCGGGGAGAAGGUCGCACGUGACGAUGUAUUGUCAGGCAGGCCAGUGUCAGUUUGGAGUUCGCCACCCACUCACCGUCUGAAUAUGAAAACCGCUGAAAAGCAAGAAGUGGCUGGCAAGAUGGACACUGAAGCGAUCACGGAUACUGUGGAAACCCCAGAGAUGUCGCUUAGCGAACUCAAGCCAGCCGAGCCAAGCAGAGUGAGGCAGCCAGUUCAAUCUCUUUCUCUUUUGCUAAUUGUCAAGACAGGCCCGGACUAUUUCCAGCGGCGACAAGUCACCAGAAGACUAUGGUUCUCACGCUGCACAAGUGGACAACUUUAUGGAAACAGAUCUGAUUUAACGCUGAAGAAACAGUGGAUGAUGAAACAAGUCACUGUGGAAUGUCUUUUCCUGAUAGGAACUUCAGCAGAUUUCACCGUCAUGACAAAACUAAAAGAAGAGAUUGCACAGAAAGGUGACGUGUUCCUGGCACCAUUCGCGGAUGGUUAUGACCGAAUGACUUCCAAGACCCAGUGGUCCCUGAUGUGGAGUUUGCGUCGGGACAAUCACUAUGACUACCUGAUGUUGGUGGAUGACGAUGCGUACGUUGUGUUUCGUCACCUCAUCCCCUGGCUGCUGAGUCAGCCCAGACAUGAGUUCUAUUCUGGCCACUUGCACAAAAACAGAGGAAUGAUUAAUUGCUCAUCGAGCCCUAGUUCACGCCAGAGUCAUCCGAAUUGUGUUGAUGGAAGUAGUCCCGUGUUCAAAGGUAAACGCCAGUACCCUCCUUUCGCCUCCGGCUUUGCCUAUAUCCUGUCACGUGACGUUGUCCAGGUCAGUGUCCAGGAGGUGGUGCGCUAUGUCAGUGAUGUUAUCCCAGGUAACAUUGAGGAUGCCGUGCUGGGAACGCUCCUAAAUGGGGCAGGUGUGAGUUUGCGUGACGAGAAAGGAUUCGUGCACUGGGCUGAUGAGCUUGGACGAUGUCCAGUGAACGUCACCAUUAUUGUUGUCGGGAAUGCCCGCGCUAACGAUCUAGCCAAAUUAGAAGAGAACGAUCGAACAGGGAAACCAAUUUGCUUUGGACUCUAGACCUGGAGAACUGCAUGUUAGAGUGAAUGUACUUGAAAAACAUUCAACAUUUUUGUGUACCAUUAUCACCCAUGCUUUCAGUGCGUCUCAUUUAUAUCUAUAUUACAAUAGCCGCAUGAGAUCAACCAUGAACCACUGUUCACCUAAUAUGGUCUGCUCCGAAUCCCUUCGGAGGAUGAUACCUAAUAUGGUCUGUUCCGAAUCCCUUCCCAAUGGGGAAUUUCCCGCAACUAGUACACUGGCUUGAUCCACAUCCAGUCAUCCAGUCAUCCAGUCAUCCAGUCAUCCAGUCAUACCACAUCCAGUCAUACAGUCAUCCAGUCAUCUAGUCAUCCAGUCAUCCAGUCAUACAGUCAUCCAGUCAUCCAGUCAUCCAGUCAUCCAGUCAUCCAGUCAUCCAGUCAUCCAGUCAUCCAGUCAUCCAAUCAUCCAGUCAUCCAGUCAUCCAGUCAUCCAGUCAUACAGUCAUCCAGUCAUACCACAUCCAGUCAUACAGUCAUCCAGUCAUCUAGUCAUCCAGUCAUCCAGUCAUACAGUCAUCCAGUCAUCCAGUCAUACAGUCAUACAGUUAGGCUUGUCCACAAAAUGUUUUCAAUUAUUUUUGAAUUUUGGUUGGAUUUUUGCACUUUGAAUUUUUUUGGAAUUUUGGCCCCAUCAGGAUUGAAUUUUGGCCGUUUUUGGAGAACGACAGUGAUGUCACAUCAAGAGAGUACAUGUGCUGCUCAAUAUAUUACCAAGUUUGACAUGUGAAAACAGUACUUUCAAAUACACACACCUUUGACCUUUUGACACCCAUCCCCGAAUUUGGAAGCACACAGACACAGAUGAUCAGCAGUUUGUGGAUUUUUUGGUUUUUUUGGAACUAUUGGGUACUAGUACUGUAAAAACCAUGGCAACGGAUCGAAUUUUUCUGCAUUUUGGGGGAUUUUUUGAAUUUUCUUGAAACAUUUUGA